AUGGCUUCCCAGGCCGAGUUCGAGCAGCUUGUCAGCUUUCUUAAGAUCGCACAGGAGGGAAAUUAUUCCACAGCUGCUGGGUUGUCACUGCUCACUUUUGAUGUCUUUUCGACGUUUCAAGAUGAGGUCCGGUAUAUAUGGCGGUCGAGAUGGAGUGUAGCCAAAGUUGCGUACUUGCUGGCGAGAUACUGGGCGUUGGUAUUCAUGAUUGUUAUUUUGGCUGCGGCGACGAGCAAACAUAGUGUCAAGUAUGUGUCGGCACGCUAUGAAGAGUUCCCGUCGACCUAA